CUGGUGUCUCCUGUGUGUCCCUGAUCUCAUUCAUUCCUAAUCAUCGCCUUUCGUUACCGACCCAUUUUAACUCUCUUUUUCGUGAUACAUUUUGGCCGUUACUCUCUCCAUUUUCAUCUUUCUCACUUCUUCAGUUCUCGUCACCUUAUCCCAAACCUUUUUCUGUUGCUUUUCGCCUCUUGUGCAGAUCAACAACUCAUACAACCUUCAAUUGCAUACCCUGUACCUUGGCUCUUCCUGUAGCAUGGAUGGUAUUCAUGGGGGUGACUCUCGGAUACACAUCAGUGAUGGACAGCAUCCUAUGCAUGUGCCAUAUGUGCAAGAGCAUGAGCACCAUGGAUUGCACCAUAUGAGCAAUGGGAAUGGGAUUGAGGAUGAUCCAAACGAUGGCGGUGAUACUAACUGUGGGGGAAGUGAUAGUGUGGAAGGUGAAGUCCCAUCCAACCAUGGAAAUCUCUCUGACAACCACACUGUAAUGAUGGAUCAAGGGAGUGAUGGUGGGGAUCAGCUUACAUUAUCUUUUCAGGGCCAGGUUUAUGUCUUUGAUUCUGUGUCGCCAGAAAAGGUUCAAGCUGUACUACUGUUACUGGGAGGCCGUGAAAUACCUCCAACUGUGCCUGCCAUCCCAGUAUCUCCUCACCAUAACAACCGGGGAUUUUCUGGUACUCCCCAAAAGUUCAGUGUCCCUCAGAGAUUAGCUUCAUUGAUUAGAUUUCGUGAAAAGCGGAAGGAAAGAAAUUUUGACAAAAAAAUUCGAUAUAAUGUUCGUAAAGAAGUAGCUUUAAGGAUGCAAAGGAAUAAAGGUCAGUUUACAUCUUCGAAGUCCAAUCAAGAUGAAUCGGCAACAGCUGCAACAAAUUGGGGAACAAAUGAAAACUGGACCUCAGACAAUAAUGGAUCCCAGCAGCAAGAUAUUGUUUGUAGGCACUGUGGCAUCAGUGAGAAAUGCACACCAAUGAUGCGACGUGGGCCUGAAGGGCCAAGAACCCUCUGCAAUGCUUGUGGACUUAUGUGGGCAAAUAAGGGAACCCUGAGGGACCUAUCAAGGGCAGCACCCAUAUCUGGACAUAAUUCCUCUUUAAACAAGAAUGAGAAUAAAAAUUUAGAGGCCAAUCAGAUAGUCCACAGAGUUGCUGGAGAUGCUGAUGAUUCGUCUUGAUACGCCUUAUAUUUAGACAGCAUGGAGAGCAAUUCCAUAAAAUAAGGGUAAUAGGAGACUGCUUCCCUUUGAUGAGAAAUUAUGAAAGGGCUGAUUCUACCACGCUUUUGGUGAAAAUGUUUAAAUGAGCAUUCUGUAUUUUAUUUCAUACAUUAGUGAAAAGUCAUGUAUUAUUGCCCUGUGACAGCUAGUUCUUUCUGGAGAUUUUGAUUUAUUUUGGGUAUGAUGAACAGCUUCAAUGCA